AUGACCAAUUGUUGUUUAUUUCUGGGAACGUUUGUGAAAACAUCGCAUGCGCAGUGCCUCACCGCACGCUCGCCUCCUCCAAUGCUGAUUGUUCCUGACCAGAGGAGCGCAUGCGUGAGACCCUCCCCCAGCGCUGCCAUUGAGGAGCAUUCAAUUAGCAAAUAUUUGAUGGACCAGUACAAGGGUGACCAGAUGCUUCUCACACCCAGCAGAUACGGCGACAACCUCAAAGUCCCAGAUAGCAACCCAUGCUGCAAGUUCACCCAGCGUAUUCUGCAUGCUCCUGGCAUUGAAAAAGCACAGCAAACCUCCAAGAAGGGCGCUAAGAAAAUCAUCAAGAAGGCGCCAGCGAAGGGCGGUAAGAAGAGGAGGCGGUCCAGGAAAGAAAGUUACUCCAUCUACAUCUACAAAGUGAUGAAGCAGGUUCACCCCGCCACCGGCAUCUCCUCCAAGGCCAUGAGCAUCAUGAACUCAUUCGUCAACGAUAUUUUCGAGCGCAUCGCGGGGGAGGCUUCCCGCCUGGCCCAUUACAACAAGCGCAGCACCAUCAGCUCCCGGGAGAUCCAGACCGCCGUGCGGCUGCUGCUGCCCGGGGAGCUGGCCAAGCACGCCGUGUCGGAGGGCACAAAGGCGGUGACCAAGUACACCAGCUCCAAGUGAAGGACCGCAUUGUACUGAA